AUGGUGGAUUUUCUCUUUCAACAAUAUCCUAUUGGCAAACACCAACCGAUCAAGGACAAACUGGAUUUUGUCCAAUCGGCCAAACAGCGUAUGAUUAAGUACAUUGGGCAUCCGGCACCGGAUGCGAUGAUGAGUUUCAACGCAGCUGAAGAUACCUUUGUGCUGUACUACCACGAAAGUGCCAGUAAAAACGACUCGGACGAGUGGGCAACCACACUGGGCAAGUUUUUCAGUUUGGCGGAAGCAGCCGCAAAGGAAUCUGACAGAUCAAAAGCGUUCAUAAUCGUUGACUGUGAACUUUCUGGCCAAAUGGGACCCAAGGGUUCCAAAGUUAACGAAGUGGCGCACUAUCGCAAUGGACAGUGGAUGUACGAUGGGUUCGAGGAGGACGAUGGUGAAGAAAGCGUUCCAAUGGCGAAACCAACCAUUGCGCCGGUAAAACGUCAGCAAGCCCAGAAGCGAGGUGCAGUCGAACUUCCGUGUCCCGGUUCCAGUAGACCAGGUUGCUGCUCACCGGAAAUAGUUCGCAGCUGGAAGUGUGCUGAGUGCCAGGAGUUGCUAGAGUACGGAUUUGAUGAUCACUUCUACUGCAAGUGUGGCAGAGCUCUAGCGGAUACAUUUACUUUUCACUGCGGCAGAAAAAGGCACGGUCUGCAGUAUGUCGGAUUUCGGUCAAAUGUAUAUUAUGUAUUAACCAGUCUUAUCGGCAAACUGGAAGCUUUUAAAGAUAUCAACAUCCUUGUCUUAGGCGAAAAGGGAGUGGGAAAGUCGACGUGGAUCAAUGGUUUUGCCAACUAUGCCACCUACACAACGCUGGACGAUGCGCUUCGCGAGCCAUUGUAUUUGAUUCCCGGUCAUUCCAUCACAUUAGAUGAGAACUACGGAAGGCAGGUGGUCAUUAUGGGCAACAGUGACAACGAAGGCGAAACACCUGGCCAAUCUUGCACACAAAUGCCUAAAACGUACGUCUUUCGCAAAGGAAACAACAUCAUCCGGCUCAUUGACACCCCGGGCAUCGGGGAUACUCGUGGUACGGAGCAGGAUAAAAAGAAUUUCCAGUUCAUCAUGGACCACUUGUCGCACUAUGACAGUCUACACGGUAUUUGCAUCCUGCUGAAGCCCAAUAACGCCCGGCUGACAGUAAUGUUCCAGUUUUGCAUUAAAGAAUUAUUGUCGCAUCUCCACCGCGAUGCUUGCGAAAACAUCGUAUUCGUAUUCACCAAUGCGCGCAGCACUUUCUACCGCCCGGGUGACACGUACCAAGCCUUGUACAAACUGGUUGAGCCGCCUCACGAGAUGGGUGAAACGCGGACUCUCAACCAAAACAAACGGUUAAUGCUAGCGUUGACAGAACCUUUAGUCUGUGUUAUUAAUAGCAUUCAAGAGAAUAUUCAAUGGUGGAGGAAAAAACAGAAAUUCUCCUUUUCCAAGAAAACCAAAAACGCCUAG